GCCUCGGGCGCUGCCGGAGGCGCCGUGCUGCCGCUGCGCUGCCUGCCUCGGCCCUUUAUUUCGACUUUGAUUCAACUUUGUGAUGUCUUCCCCUGAAAUUGCUUCCCUUUCAUGGGGUCAGAUGAAGGUAAAAGGCUGUUCUACAACAUAUAAGGACUGCAAAGUAUGGCCAGGAGGAAGCCGAACCUGGGACUGGCGAGAAACUGGGACUAAUCAUUCUCCAGGAGUGCAACCAGCUGACCUCGAAGAAGUUGUCAAGAAGGGUGUUAAAACUGUAGUGAUUGGUCGUGGCAUGAGUGAGGCUUUGCAAGUACCACCAUCUACCGUGGACUAUCUUAAGAAACAUGGGAUUGAUGUGUUGGUCUUACAAACAGAGAAGGCUGUGGAAGAGUACAAUGCACUGGCUGCUCGAGGUGUCAAAGUGGGAGGAGUCUUCCAUUCAACAUGUUGAAACAUUAGUUAAGACAGCCUUCCCUGACCUCAGCCAAAACAUGGAUAUACCUUCUGACUGAGUCAAAUUACAGGCAACGGAGCGGACUUGCCUGCAAAGUGCCAAGCACUUAUGUAGGCUGAAAAUCUAAAAUGCAAAGAUAAUUUUGCAAUUCAAGAUUUAAACAAAUUGAGUGCUCACCAUCAGAGGUUAUUAAUGACAGAAAAUCACUUAGUUACCGAAUAUUUCCAUUUACUCUUGAAUUUGACCUAAUCAUCCUCUGAAGAUUGUUCAUAUUCUGAUUACUUUAAUUUAGCAAAUAGGUGGAAAAAUUAAGUUUAGGUUGUGAAUAUUUCUAUCAGGAAAUAGACAACUACAUUGUUAUGUACUGGAAUAUAGCUGUUAGAUAUUUGGUGAGUACAAUGAAAUGGUACAUAUGAAGUGAUAAUGAAGCAUUAUUCUGUCCUUAGCCACCAUAUAAAUAAGCUUUGAAAAGCUCCAACUGUGCCUCCUAUGGGUGAUUUCAUUCAGGAUAUUAACUAUGCCGAUCUGUGUCUUUAUGAUGAAUCGAGAACAUCACAUAACUUGGCCCUUCCAAAUUUUACACUGAACCCAAAAAAAAGUUUACAGGGGAGAAACAUAAAAUUUGGGCUGUACGGAAUUUUCUCAUUAAUCAUUAAUUGUGAAUAUAUAAGUUUACAAUGCAUUUUGAUUCAAAAGUCUAUAGCUUUUUUAAAUCAACAGACUGAUCUAUUUAUUUGCAAUAUAAAAUGUCAGCCUUCAGGAAAUUAGUCUGAAUUAAAUUGCUGCUAUCACGAUGCUGCUCGCAAGCUGGCAAAUGGCAGAUGGAAUACUUAAUCAUCAGGUCAUGAUGAUCAGUUAAACAUUGUGCCAGCAAGUAUAUUAUUGCACUGAGGAUUUUAGUAGCUCCUCAUGGUUGCUGUUCUCAUUAUUUCUCCUGCUUGGUGCGUUUCUUUUAAUAUGACCAGUUACAAGUUACUUACCGUAGAUUUCUUUCCACUAGGCUCACUAGUGUUCGAUCAAGUCUGUACAAAUUAGCAAAAGUGCAGACAUAACAUUACUGAAAGCCCUGAGGCACUUAGCCUCUCCACUCCUACUUUGGAUAGCUCUUGCAUUAGUAUGAGAACUGAAUGACUUUCCCAAGAACCAAGAAUAACCUUUUACAAAAUGAAAUGUUUUCUGUUUGUUUGCUGUAUUAUGCUUUAAAACCUUUUAUUUCAUAAAAUACAAUGAUGUGGCGUAAAAGCAAAGGGAAAGCGAGUACUAAGGAAUAUGGAGUUUUUAAUCUUAUGAUCCUUAAUUACAGUAACUUUUGUAAUAAUAUGGCUACAUUUAAGGCAAAAUUUUAUAUAAAACAGCAAGAACUGCUUCUUCAACUGCGUUUGUAUUCACUGACACAGCUGUAAAAGCUAUGACAUUUUUCUGAAUAGUUUGCAUUGCAUGAAGUAGAAGGUGAACCGCUGACCCCAAAGACCAUAGUUUUUUCAAGAGAAUGCCAGUAGAGCAAGUACUUACCGAUCUGCACAGCGACUGAAGACUUUAUUUUGCAUUAAAGUUUUAUUUAUCUUACAGUGGAGUGGGGUUUGACUCUCAGUCACUGUCACAUAGUUGCAUUGUUUCUUGAACUUUUGGCGCUUAAGGAAGCCUUAAGUAGGAAGAUGCUUGGUAAGGCUUCUGUUAAGA